UAGAAGAAGUUCUUGCACGCUCUUUCCAAGCACUUCGAAGAGUCCACUCUCCUGCCCGGGGACUCGAUUUCCUCUUCUGCUAAAGAGAGCAUGUGGGCCGGGGGCCGUCCACGUGCAGGCCCUGCUGGGGUAUGAAGCGGCCGCUGAGCCCAUCUCCUCCUGCUGAGAAGGAGCCCCCCAUACCUGGAGUUGCUGAGUGCCCUCCCCCGCCCCCAGAGCCACCCAAGCCCAAGCGUGAGAGAAAACGGCCAUCGUACACGCUGUGUGACGUCUGCAACAUCCAGCUGAACUCGGCAGCCCAGGCCCAGGUGCACUGCGAGGGGCGGGCCCACCAGAGGCGGCUGCGGCAGCUCAGCCUGGGCAAGGCCCCCGCAGGGCCAGGCCCGGCAUCCAGCACCCCCAGCCCUCUGCUGGCCUCCCUGCCCCUGCCCGCCAGGCCUCUGCAGCCCCCGCUGGACUUCAAGCACUUGCUGGCCUUCCACUUCAAUGGUGCUGCCCCGCUCAGCCUCUUCCCCAACUUCAGCACGAUGGACCCGGUCCAGAAAGCUGUCAUCAGCCACACCUUUGGGGUUCCCACCCCCCUGAAGAAGAAGCUCUUCAUUUCCUGUAACAUCUGUCACCUGAGGUUCAACUCCGCGGGCCAGCUCGCGGAUGGGACACGUAGACUCAGAGAAAUGAAUGGUGACCCUAUGCCCUCCCCACCCCAGAACCAGGCCGAAGCACAUUAUAAAGGCCACAAACACGCCAGAAAACUCAAGGCCAUUGAAGCCGCCAAGAGCAAGCAGAGGCCCCAGUCCCUGGCCCAGGAUGGGACACAGGUGUCCCCAACCUUAUCUGUAGCCAGCGGAGCCCCCAGAGAGCCACAGAGCAAAGCAGGUCCCGAAGACACCCCACCAGGCCCCCCACUCCAGCCACCACGGACCCCGGACCCGAUGCCCCGGGAGCCAGCCCACUCAGAACUCUCGGAUGCUGCCUCCUCUUCCUCUCCUUCCUCCUGUCCACCCUGCUCCCCAGAGCCUGGGAGAGAGGCCCCGGGGCCGGAACCGGUGGCAGCCGCUGUGGGGAGUGGUGUGAGUGGGGAAAGCGGGAGCGAGAAGGGGCGCCUCUACUGCCCCACGUGCAAGGUGACCGUGAACUCCGCCUCUCAGCUUCAGGCUCACAACACAGGAGCCAAGCACCGGUGGAUGGUGGAAGGUCAGCGAGGGGCGCCCCGAAGGGGCCGGGGCCGCCCAGUGCCCCGGGGAGGAGCUGGACACAAGGCCAAGAGGGUGACGGGGGCCCGCGGGGCCAGGCAGGGGCCCAGCCCCCCGUUUCACUGCGCCGUCUGCCAGCUCCAGGUCAAUUCAGAGACGCAGCUCAAGCAGCACCUGAGCAGCAGGAGGCACAAAGACCGCCUGGCCGGGAAGCCCCCCAAGCCCUCCAGCCAGCACAGCAAGCUGCAGAAGCACGCAGCGCUGGCUGUGGGUAUCCUCAAGUCGAAGCUGGCCUUGCAGAAGCAGCUCACCAAGACGCUGGCAGCCCGCUUCCUGCCCAGCCCGAUCCCCGCCACAGCCGCGGCCAUCUGUGCCCUGCCAGGCCCCCUGGCCCUCCGGCCUGCCCCCACGGCGGCCGCCACCCUCUUCCCGGCUCCCAUCCUGGGCCCAGCUCUGUUCCGCACCCCAGCAGGGGCGGUCCGCCCCGCCACGGGACCCAUCCUCUUCGCCCCCUAUUAGCCCUCCUAGGGAGGCCAGGGCCGGCUUCCCGGCGGUCACUCUCCCCAAGAUGCCUCGGUUCCUCCAUCCUCCGGGGAACUUUUUACUGCCUAGGGGCUCCUGACCAAUCAAGGUAGAGCUGGGCUAGUUCCAAGGGCAGCUGCCCCUCAUUCUAUCUGGACCAGGGAUUCAACUAAUAACCCCUGGCCCAAGGGCCACCCCCACUCUCAUCUCUCUAGCCUUCUCCGGCUAGUCCUGGGCUCCCACGCAUCUCCCAGACUGACUUGACUUACAGGGAGCAGACAGAGAAACCCCAAAGGUCUAUGCAAAAUCCUAGCCCCAGCCCCGCGGUGCUCUCAUUCCCCCACUCCAGACCCAUGCCCACCCGGCCAAAGGCCCUGGAAACCUCAGCUUCUGGCCUGGGGACAAGUGUGUGCCGGACCCCCACUCCUAGGCGCUGGGGAGGCCCUGCCCACGCACCGGAAGCUCUGGAGAAGGGCUGGAGAGGAGGGCUGGGGAUGAGGGCUGGAGCUGGUUCACCCAGGAUGCGAUGACCCUGGGGGCGUGGCAAAGGCUGGAGGGGCAAGGGAGCAGUGCUGAGGUGGGGUACGGCCCUGGCAGGGGUGGUGCUGAAAGCUGUCAGGGGUCCUCAUCCGCUUGAAAGGGAGGGGCCAGGCCAGGGGCGGUGAGGAUGAUGCUCUGCCUGGGGGCCCAGUUCUAAUGGAGAAAGUGAUCGACCCACUCUUGGCCUUUUACCGAUUUCUCCUGAACCCCAGCUCUGGGGCGGAUGCACUGGGUCCUCCUCAGACUAUGGACCCAGCGAACACCGAGUCCCCCAGGCGUCCUGGACAAAGAGCUUUCCUCUCCAGCUCUUUACCCCAAACUGGUCCCCAGCACUAGAUUUGGCCUCCCCUCCUCCCAGCCAGCACCCCGAGCCUCCCUCACUGUGAAGCUGAGUGUUGGGAUCCAGCCUGAUGGCCCUACGGACCCAGUAGCCCGCCAUCAAAGCCAAUGUCACAACCCCUGUUCUGCCCCAGCACCGCUCACCUCGCCCCACAAUACGGGACAUUGCCAGUAUCCAACUGUAUAUAUCUUUUUAAAAAGGUAUUUCCAACUGGAGAUAAGGGGG